AUGGUGAAAGUUCACCCUCCAAUCGGUCCGGUUAUUUGUCGCCGAACCCACCAUAGUCAUCCCUUUGGCAUCUUCUAUGGAGAGAACCCUUUGGAUUUCUCUUUUCCACUUAUGUUAAUGGAGAUUUCCUUGGUCAUCCUCAUAACUCGCAUCCUUCGUUUUCUUCUCAAACCCCUCAAACAGCCUAGAAUUGUAUCUGAAGUCCUUGGUGGUUUUAUAGUUGGACCAUCUGUCCUAGGCCGGAACAAGAAAUUUGCUGCAUAUAUGUACCCGGACAAUGCUAGCUAUGUGUUGAAGAAUGUUGGGUUAAUGGGAUUGAUGUAUUUCCUUUUCAUGUCUGGCGUGAAAAUGGAUCUCGGAUCAGUAAGAAAAUCCGGGAAAAAACAAUGGUACCUAGCCCUAUUAGGAGUUUUUGUUCCGUUUACAACGGCUACAUGCAUUGGCAUUGCUCUCAGAAAGAUUUCGGAUAAAGACCUUGCCAGACCUUCUUCAAUUGGUGGAAUUGCUUCAGCUUUAGCCACAACAGUAGUACCAGUUAUCUACCCUAUUGUGAGAGAGAUGAACCUCCUCAGCUCGGAGAUUGGAAGGCUGGCCUUGUCCACGGCAUUGAUCAGUGAUGUUGUUGGAAUGAACUUUAUGGUUGCAUUCGAGGCAGCCAAACAAGGGGAAGCCAAGCUGAUUGAUGCCUUGUGGUACUACCUUUCUUUGAUAGUAUUAGGGGCUUUCAUUUUGGGUGUGAUACGGCAAGCAAUGUUCUGGAUUAUCCGAACCACGCCAGAAGGGAAGCCGGUGGACCAAAUCUAUGUGAUCUUCAUUUUGUUGGGUGUUAUGAUAGUGGGGUUUCUGAGUGAUAUGUUUGGCCUAGCCAUUGCUAAUGGACCGCUGUGGUUAGGGAUGGCCAUACCAGACGGUCCACCACUCGGAUCAACUCUCGUGGAGAAGAGUGAGACGUUUAUAGUAGAGCUUCUCAUGCCCUUCUCAUUUACGUUUGUGGGAAUGACAAUGGAUGUGAACGCCAUGAGUGCCCGGUGGUCGAGCUUGAUGCCUCUUCUUGCCAUGUCUUUGGCAGCUUACAUAACGAAAAUUGUUGCAAGUCUUGUGGUUGCUCGCUUCUUUGACAUGCCACUGAGAGAUGGUCUCACGUUUAGCCUCAUAAUGAGCUUAAGGGGUCAAGUGGAGAUCUUGUUAUUUAUGCAUUGGAUGGAUUUAAGGAUGAUAAAGCAGCCAGCUUUUACAAUGAUGGUGUUAUUGACAGUAAUGGUGACUGCGAUAUCUACACCAUUGAUCCGAAUACUUUAUGAUCCAACCAGGCCAUUCUUAGUUAACACAAGGAGGACCAUCCAACACACCCCUCCAAACACAGAAUUCCACAUUGUGGCCGGCAUCCAUGAUCAAGAAAGCGUGUCCGGCUUUAUCAACCUUCUUGGAGUCUCACAUCCAACCCGGAGUAGCCCUUUCUCGGUCUAUGCUCUCCGCCUCGUUGAGCUCGUGGGACGCACCAACUCCCUGUUCAUAGACCACGAGAACCAGGACCAGGCUUUCGACUACAGCAGCUGCAACCCAAUUCACAAUGCCUUGAGCCUUUUCGAAGAAACAAGAGGCGAAUUCGUUAAGAUCCAUUCAUUCACAUCCGUUUCGCCUAAGAGAACAAUGUAUCAAGACAUUUGUGAGCUGGCUCUACUUAAGAAAGCUACUCUCAUCAUCCUGACCUUCCACAAGGAGUUCUUGGGGCGUAGUCGCGGUGGGACUGAGGUGGUCAUGAGCCGGAAAGUCCAAUCCGUGAACUCAACAGUCUUGUCUCAUGCGCCGUGCUCUGUGGCCAUCCUUGUGGACAAGGGUCCUCUAGUUAGGAACAACCUUGUGAACAACGCCAUGCCGCCCUCUUUGCACCAUUUUGCAGUGCUGUUCUUGGGUGGAGCCGAUGCUCGUGAGGCCCUUGCAUAUGCCGACCGGAUGGCUGGGAAUCCGGAUGUAGCGCUUACUGUCAUACGGUUCCUCUCACACGAUGGCGUGGGAGAUGAUGAUUUGGAGAAGAAGCUUGAUGAUGGGUUGGUGACUUGGUUUUGGGUGAAGAAUGAGGCAAAUGCGCGGGUGAUUUAUAGAGAGGUAGUGGUGAAGAAUGGCUCCGAAACAGUUGCUGCAAUUCGAGCAAUGAAUAAUACUUGCUAUGACCUCUGGAUUGUGGGAAGGAAACAUGGGAUAAAUCCGGUUUUAGUCCAAGGAUUAUCGGACUGGAGUAACAACAAUGAACUUGGAGUAGUUGGAGACUUUGUUGCCUCCAUGGAUUUUAAGAGUGCAGCUUCUGUAUUAGUUGUACAACAACAGGUUUUAAGAGAGGAACUAGCUAGUUAA